AAUGGCCACCCUAUUCCCUAUAGCAGAGAUCAAUUAAGCUUCAUUUUCGAUCUUUUUGGGAUAAUAUUUGUAUUUCUCGAGGCCCUUGCCAUAACCAAAGCUUCAUUUUGCUUUGCAGCCUAGUAAAAAGAUGGGUUUUUCAUUUAAGAAUGAGGUGGGGAGAGGGAAAUUGGCUGUGAUAUUCAGGUAUGCUGAUUGGGCAGACAUUUUGCUCAUGUUGUUGGGUACUCUGGGAGCUAUUGGAGAUGGCAUGUCAACAAACUGUUUGCUGCUGUAUGUUAACCGCCUUUUUAACAUCUUGGGCUAUGGCAAGAACCAGAAUAGUAAUGAGAAUUUCAUGGAUGAAGUUGAAAAGUGCACUUUGUAUUUUGUAUUCUUGGGAUUAGCAGUCAUGGUGGCGGCUUUCAUGGAGGGUUACUGCUGGAGUAAAACCAGUGAGAGGCAGGUGCUGAAGAUUCGUUACCGAUAUCUGGAAGCUGUUCUAAGACAAGAAGUCGGGUUUUUCGAUUCGCAAGAAGCAACCACUUCAGAGAUAAUCAACAGCAUAUCAAAAGAUUCUUCAUUGAUACAAGAAGUUCUCAGUGAGAGGGUGCCAAAGUUUGUGAUGCACGCAUCACAGUUCAUCUCAGGAAUUGGAUUCUCAGCCUACUUCUCAUGGAGGCUGGCUUUAGUGGCACUACCAACUGUGCCUCUCUUAAUCAUUCCAGGAUUAAUCUAUGGAAAGACCCUUCUCUAUUUGUCCAGCAAGUCCUUUAAGGAGUACAACAAAGCAAAUGCCAUACUGGAGCAGGCUCUUAGCUCCAUCAAAACUGUCUAUUCAUUCACUGCCGAGAAGACUAUAGUCGACAGAUAUUCGUCGAUCCUCGAUCGGACGACGAAGCUGGGGAUUCAGAAAGGAAUUGUAAAAGGUGUUGCUGUGGGCAGCACAGGGCUUUCAUUUGCAAUAUGGGCUCUCCUUGCUUGGUAUGGAAGCUACUUGAUUAUGCACAAGGCAGAGAGUGGAGGACAAAUUUAUGCUUCAGGCAUUGCAUUCAUAAUGGGGGGAGUGUCCCUUGGAAUGGCACUUCCAGAAGUUAAGUACUUGACAGAGGCUGCAGUUGCAGCAUCCCGAAUCAUCGAUAGGAUCAACCGGAUCCCAGCAAUCGAUGGGGAAGACACAGAAGGAAUUGUUCUAGACAAGAUAAGGGGAGAAGUGGAAUUUGAACAUGUCAAGUUCACCUACCCCUCUCGCCCGGACUCCAUUGUUCUCAAAGAUUUCAGCCUCAGAAUCGAGGCCGGGAAGACUGUGGCUCUUGUUGGUGCCAGUGGAAGUGGCAAAUCCACCGUCAUUGCAUUGCUGCAGAGGUUCUAUGAUGCGGAUGGUGGGACUUUGUCCAUUGAUGGUGUUGAUAUAAAGGCAAUGAAGUUGAAAUGGCUUAGAGGCAAAAUGGGGCUUGUUAGCCAGGAGCAUGCCCUGUUUGGGACAUCUGUAAAGGGGAACAUCAUGUUUGGGAAGCUUGAUGCAACUAUGGAUGAAGUUGUGGCCGCGGCAAUGGCUGCAAAUGCUCACAAUUUCAUCAGAGAGCUGCCGGAAGGGUAUGAGACCAAGGUUGGCGAAAGAGGAGCACUCUUAUCGGGUGGGCAGAAGCAGAGAAUUGCCAUUGCCAGAGCCAUUAUUAAGAACCCCGUGAUUCUCUUGCUUGAUGAAGCCACAAGUGCACUCGAUUCAGAAUCCGAGACACUGGUGCAACAUGCUCUAGAUCAAGCCUCCAUGGGGAGAACCACUUUGGUCGUAGCCCACAAGCUCUCAACCGUGAGAAAUGCAGAUCUUAUCGCAGUAAUGAGUGAUGGUUGUGUUAUUGAAAUAGGCUCGCACAAUGAGCUAAUCAACCGGAAAGAUGGUCACUAUGCAAAACUAGCAAAGCUGCAGCGGCAAUUCAGUGUCGAUGAUCAGGAGCAGCCUCUCGAAACACAUCCCUCCUCUGCUGCAAAAGGCAGUGCUGCCAGGCUAAGCGCAGGCAGAUCGAGCCCGGCUAUAUUUCCUACGCCAUUACCCACCACCGGUGAACCUCAGCCUGCACCUUACCCGCCUCCAUACUUUUCGAGGCUCUUGUCUGUGAACUCUCCUGAGUGGAAACAAGGUGUAGUUGGAAGUUUGUCGGCCAUGGCCUUCGGUGCAGUGCAGCCUGUCUAUGCCAUCACAGUCGGGGGGAUGAUUUCAGCUUUCUUCUCACCUAGUCAUGAGGAAGUGGAGGCUAGAAUUAGGACAUACUCUUUGAUUUUCUCUUCACUCGCCUUGAUUUCCAUCGUUGUAAAUAUCUUGCAACACUACAGUUUUGCUUACAUGGGGGAGAAGCUAACAACGAGGAUCAGAUUGAGAAUGCUCGAGAAAAUAUUGAGCUUUGAACCGGCAUGGUUUGAUGAAGAGAAGAACUCAAGUGGGGCCUUGUGUGCUAGAAUGAACAAUGAAGCUUCCAUGGUGAAAUCCCUUGUCGCGGAUAGAGUUUCUCUUAUAGUCCAAACCGUUUCCUCUGUGACCAUUGCGCUGGUUAUGGGACUAGUCAUAGCAUGGAAGCUUGCACUCCUUAUGAUUGCUGUCCAACCGCUCACAAUCCUAUGUUUCUACAUGCGAAAAGUUCUUCUGUCGAGUAUUACAUCAAACUUCGUCAAGGCUCAAAAUCAGAGCACUCAAAUUGCUGUUGAAUCAGUGUACAAUCACAGGAUUGUGACUUCAUUUGGAAGCAUAAAAAAGAUUCUUCAGCUCUUCGACGAGGCUCAGGAUGAACCGAGAAAGGAGGCUAGAAAGAAGUCCUGGCUUGCAGGGCUUGGAAUGGGGUCUGCUCAGUGCCUGACCUUUUUGUGCUGGGCACUGGAUUUCUGGUAUGGUGGAAGAUUAGUAAACUCAGGAGAUAUUUCAGCAGCAGAUGUGUUCAAGACAUUCUUCAUAUUGGUGAGUACCGGGAAAGUUAUAGCUGAUGCCGGGAGUAUGACUUCAGAUAUAGCCAAAGGCUCUGCAGCUGUGGCAUCUGUGUUUGCCAUUCUAGAUCGACAAUCACUAAUUCCAGGAUCUUAUAGUGCGGGGAAUGGAACCAAGAUGGAGGAAAUGGCUGGGCAUAUAGAGAUGAAGAGGGUUGAUUUUGCUUAUCCAAGCCGGGCAAAGAAACUAGUGUUGAAGCAGUUUUGCUUGGAGGUUAAAGCAGGGACAAGCAUUGGACUUGUGGGGAGAAGUGGCUGUGGCAAAUCAACAGUGAUUGCAUUGAUUCAGAGAUUUUAUGAUGCGGAGAAGGGGACAGUGAAGAUGGAUGGGAUGGACAUAAGAUCACUUGACAUCACCUGGUACAGAAGGCACAUGGCCCUGGUUAGCCAAGAGCCAGUGAUCUAUUCAGGCAGCAUCAGGGACAACAUUAUGUUCGGGAAGCCCGGCGCAUCAGAGAAUGAGGUUGUCGAGGCUGCCAUUGCUGCCAACGCUCAUGAGUUCAUCUCGGCACUGAAAGACGGGUAUGAAACAGGAUGUGGGGAGAGGGGCGUGCAGUUAUCAGGAGGACAAAAGCAAAGAAUUGCAAUUGCAAGAGCAAUAAUUAGGAAUCCAACCACACUAUUGCUGGAUGAGGCUACCAGUGCACUUGAUGUUCAAUCCGAGCAAGUGGUGCAGGAAGCACUGGACAGGAUCAUGGUUGGAAGGACUACGGUGGUGGUGGCUCAUCGGCUAAACACCAUCAGGAAACUCGACUCCAUUGCCUUCCUUUCAGAUGGGAAGGUAGUAGAGCAAGGAAGCUAUGCUCAGCUAAAGAACCAGCGUGGCGCCUUUUUCAGCCUUGCCAGCCUUCAAAGUAAAUAGCCAGGGCUUACAUCAAACUCACUGUCUCAUUUUCUGUGGUGUACUAAUCAUAGUGCAUUUGAAAACAGAUGCAUAACCACCUUCUUGUAUAUGGUAGUCAACAUAAUCUAAUGAGAAAUGAGCACAAUUUCGAUUCAGGAAACAA